AUGUGGACGAACACUGAUAACACGAGUUUUGGAACAUGGAUGUCGCGUACCUAUGAGAUUGUCCACCCAGUGACGCUAAAAAUGGCCCGUCCACUGAUUAUUUUCGGUCCCCUUAAGGAAAGAAUCAUUGAGGAACUCCUAAAGUCGGAGGAAUUUGCUACUUGCAUACAACAUACCUCUAGGCCCCCUCAAGAUGGCGAAGUGGAUGGCGUUGAUCAUCACUUCUACCCUUCCAAAGAGGCCAUGCAAGUGGACAUCUCCGCAGGUAAAUUCGUGGAUGUGACCGUACUAAGCAAUCACUUCUACGCUAUUUCUCUCCAGUCCAUCCUGGAUGUGCUUCAGUCUGGACGCAUCUGUAUCCUUGAUGUCAACAUUGUCGCCAUCUAUCGGUUACAGACUGCUGGCUUGUAUCCAAUUUCGAUCCUCUUGAGACCAGAGACAAUAACGCACUGUCGCAACCUCCAAAGGCGUCUAACCCUUGAUCAAGCUCGUAAAUUAUAUGAAUCCUGUGCUCGUAUGGAGUCUGAGUAUUGGUACCUUUUCACGGCACUUAAUGUAUCUCUUUUAGCGAUACUCGGUUUGGAGUCACUAGAUAGUGCAAUUGUAUCAAUUGACCGGGUUCUCCAACAACACAAAGGACCCCGAGUCUGGUUGUCAGCUGACCAGACUCUUAGAAAUGUGGAAAAGGAACCUCAAGCGACCUCGUGA